GGAGGACGUAAGCAAACCAGCGCGCGGGGGUGGGAGUGUCCACGCCCGUCCCUUGAAAGAGGAGGGGAACUCUCCACCCUCCACUACCACCGCCAUGUCGCCGCCAGGAGGAGGGGACGUUGUGCACAACGCACUGGGCACCGUCACCCCGCGAGGCCUCAACCUCCUGACGGGCGUGGCGACGGCGGCGACCAUCACGGCGGCGGCGGUCGGCAUGCUGGUGGCACCCUCACCCUGGACACACACCACAGUAAAGGGGACCAAGUGUGUGGCACAGCAGGACUUAGAACAGGAGUGGUUUUGGCCUUCAGGCACCCACAAGUGUCACAGCCUUCCUGCCAAUGACUCCCUCACUCCCCUGCAGCACAAUGUUUCUCUACAGAACAUUGUCUUCGCUUUCCAGUUUCCACCAACAAAGAAAGCUGCAUCACGAUGGCAGCAGCGCCUGGCUGGGUUGUUACGGCUUCGACUUUUACGAGAAACAGGGCCAUGGCCAGCUGCCGGCUCCAAGUUGACUCUGAGCACUCGUCUUGGCUACACAAACGGCAACACAACAGCAACCAGCAAGCCCAUCUUGAUGGCUGACAAGAUACAGACUCGACAAGUAUCCUGCCACUUGAUAAAUGAACAUGAAUUUGGAGGGUCCACUUAUGACUGUUCUCCAAUGCCUCUAAUUGUAUUGUACAGUCUUUACCAUGACCAUUACAUUAUCAACAUAAGGCUCAGCAGCACUGAAACCUCCAACCAGGCUUUGCCUGAAAUUCAGGAUCUAUAUAUUUCAUUUAUAAGUCAGAAUGGUCACUAUGUGAAGGUAUUGGUGACACUGCAGACUCUGUUUCUCCCUCUGGUGGCUGUCAUCCUGGCCUGGUACCUACAUAUCCUCCGGCAGCUGAGGUGGUCCUACACAUACUUCCAGAUGAUCCUGCUCCUGCUUGCAGUUGCAUUACUUCUGAUAAACUGUCCCUGGACAUAUCUCACACUGGUAGUGAACUGCCCCUGGCUUAUCAUUCUUCAGGAGCUUAGUCUUGGUGUCUUCUAUGGCAUACUCAUGACAUUCCUUCACUUCUUAACUCAUCUGUAUAUUGAGCCAGUGAGUCACUGCCCCAAGGUGCGAACUGCGAUGAUGAAAGUCAUUGGGGCAUACACGGCCACCAUCUUCCUUCUUGACUUUAUGGAAAAUGUCAUCCUGCUGCACAACCCACUGCCUUAUGUGUGGGAGUCCCUCCAUCUUGGUCUAGCCACCAUCACUGUGCUCCUGGUGGUGGCAUACCUAACCUACAUCACCAUCAAAGUUUACUCAGCUGUUCUGGUCCUACAGAAGAGUACAACCAAGGAAAACACUGAAAAUAUCAAAGUGGGAAUGAAGAGAGAAUGUAAUUUGCAUGAGGUGAGCUGCCGGUGGAGGGAGAUGCUACUGCUGAUGGUGUCCUGGAUCUGUGUUGUGCUCACUGCUGCAGAAUUCAUCAUUAAGAGAUUACAUGAUGGAAUGUGGAUCUGGGAGGAUAUUUUGGGCAACUUGGAAAUCCAGAAUACAAGUGGAUUCCUCCUUGGUGUUUACAGCUUGUGGAAUGUUUUCACCUGUAUGGUGCUCAUCAUGUACCCUCCCAUACCACCCCCAAACACCUCACAAGGUGAAUCAGAAGUAACAUUAGAGAUGCCCACCCAGCAGCAGCAGACUCGCCUGCGUCCCAGACCUCCACUGCGGCGCCAGAAUGCCAUUGACAUUGUGAGUGAGGACUCAGUUGAAGGUGUUACCCUGAACAAUCCUGCCAUCAGCAUGGACUCAGCAGGUGGAGAGCCCGUUAAGAAGCUGAGUGUGGUGCAUGCUGAUGGUCUCAUAAGCAGUGAUGAUGCUGUCAGUGUCUAUCUGAUAGGUGGCGACAGUGUAGUGAGUGCCACUGCCACUAAUGAAGCUCUUGCUGCUGAUGAGGAUGAGGAUGAGGACCAUAACUUUCAGAGUCGUACUAUAAGUGAUAUUUCUGUUCCAAAUGGUGCUGUGACCGUCAGUAAUACUAUUUCCACCAAUGCUGGCACAAGUAUGGAUGGUGUUGGUGUUGUUCAUCACAUGACUAAUAGAAGUGGUGGUUGCUCAUUGUGUGGUACUCCUGCUCUGAGCUGUGAUUCUGCUCCUGGCAAUGAUGCAACCAAGAGUUUGAAUUCUUUAAGCAACAUUUCCAACAGUAAUAUGGAUACAGCAAAGCUAGUUUCCAUUAAAUUAAAGGAAUGCAAGAAGGGUUCUAUGGUUCUUGUGAAUGGUGUCACUAUUCCAAGUCUUGAUGAGGAUGGGAGUGAUAUUGAUAUGAUUGAUGACAUGCAGAGUCGUAGUGACUUGAGAGGUAGCGGAAAUUAAGAGAAGAUAUUAUUGGCUUGGUAGUCACAAGUGGGUGCACAUUUUGCUCCUAUUGUGACUAAUAUCAUAGAGUAAGAUGUGGAGACAAACUUGAAAGGAGAGUUGCAUUGUGUUUUGUGAAGUAAUGUGAACAAAAAUAGCAGAAGGAUGAAAGUUCAUGUGCAGUGCAUGCAUUUGUGGUUUUGAAGAGGAGACUUAGAAUUACACCUGAGACCUGCUGCUUAGUUUUCAGCAAUAGAGAUCCUUAAAGUUGGUCUAGAGCUUGUCAUACCAAAUGAACCUCAAACAGCAUGUAACGAUGUUCCUGAGCUGUUUGGUAAAUAUCUUAUGAUGCAUGACAUUCUGCAAAGCAACAGACUGUAAUGUAUCAUGUAAUUGUCUUCUGCAGUCUUUCACAUGUUACUGUGCAUUUGUGAUCUAGUUAUUGUGAAUCUGUGAAAUCUAUGUGAACAUUUUUUAAUGAUGUCACAUGCUUGAGGAAAAAUGGAAGAGUUUGACGAAAUAAAAGAGUUUUGAAGAAUGCAGUGGUGAGGGUGAAGUGUACAUCUGGAUCAGUGAAAUGUUUUCAGUUUUGUAUGAAGCUGUAGAUAAAAGCAGUAGUAGAAAAAUAAAAUAUGAAGUGCCAGAAAGUCAUAUCAUUCAUGAGUUUGUGAAAGAAAGGUGAUUAUGAUAAGUAUUUGAAUAUUUGAUGAAAGUAUACUUUUCAGUGAAUGGUAACUAAAGAGAAGUAAAUAGUUUGAAAAGGACUUUGGUAACAUGGUUGAUAUUGCUGUGAAGAUGAAUCAGAUAAUCUACAUAUAUUUGUAUAUUUGGAAAGUUGAUGUUGCCACAUGCAAAUAAUACUUAAAAGUGGAAUGAAAGUAAGAGAUGUAGCAGUAAAAUUGAGGCAUUUCUGAAGGAUGGAAUUAUGAUGAUAUGCAAGCUAUGAUUAUUUUUAAAGGUGAAGGAAUUAUAUGUACAGCAGAGAUGGUCAAAAGUAACAGACAUUUUUUUCAAGGAAUGACGGAAUAAUAGAAUGACAAAUUGGUGAGUUGCAUACAAUAGGAUUCAAUAAGGAAGAUAAAGGGAAAAAAUAUAUUUGAAAUUUGGAGAUUAUGUAACAGUGGAAGAGUAUAAGAGCUUGACUGAGUUUGGCUGACAGGUACAGGUUGAAACAAGUGGUAAUUCAUUUGAUAUGAUCAUCCCCCUUCAUUUUAUUCUGAGACAUGUCUGUCAGAAUAGGCAGCUAGAUAGAUAGAUUGAUAUCAAGAUACAGGUAGAUUGAUAGGUGGGUAGGUACAGAUUAUGUAUGAUAGGUAUAACAGCUGCAAAGAUCUUUUUAGCUAGUUUCUUGUUUUGUAUAUUUGUGUGUUUGAUUGUCUGACCACUGUCAAGCUGUUGAUUGAAAAAGAAAAAACUGUAUCACAUGCUGGACAUGUGAUAUAUCAUUAACUAAAUGUGAUAAGCUAUUCUAGCCAUAUUGUCUGUUAUGUGACGUAGCAGGCAAAGUAUUUUUACUGAAGAGCGAUAAUAUCAUCCCGGCUUUACCUUUAAUGUACUAUUGUGCAGCUAAUACCUUGUGUUCCUCAGGAUAAAAUUCCCUGAAAAUAUUCUUGACUUUUCAGUGACAAAGCAACUAAGAGAUCACUUGUUGCAUGGCAAUUUAUCAGCCUGCACUUCAUAUGAAGACUUUUGCUUAUGGAUGGUGAAAAACUGCCACCUCCAUGAUAAGAGGCUCACCUUUAUAAAGAUGUGUAUAUCUAAUGUAAUUGUUACCUGGUUUAGCACUACAUGGUGUGUGUUCAUGACUCCUAGAGAUGUACAUUUUACAAAUUCAGUAUGAAGGGUGCCAAGGUUGUGAUUAAUAUAUUGUACCUAUUUACCUUAACUUAUUGAUUUUAUUAGCAUUUUCUGACAAAUUGGAAAUGAUUUCUGUCAAAUGUUUAUAGUGAGAAUUCUUUCCAGGUAAUAUAUCAUUGGAGGGUACUGGAAAAUUGAAGUGUAAAUACGGUAAUUCAUUGGAAAUGAAUUUCUGUAUGUAAGGUGCAAUCAUAUGUUCCAAGACUUUGUCCAUGAAAAGGAAGAACUGUACCUGACUUAACUUUGUCUGCUAUUCCCUUCAGUGUACCAUGUGAUGCACCACUUCCAGUUCUUCUGCCAUGCUUGGAAUACUCCCUGGAAUUCCUCUUAAGUUCAUUAUUUAAGGACUAUCUGUGAUUCACAUUGUAUCUUUUUCACUGACAUUCUGUUCCUUUUGAAGGUCAAGUGCUGCUCAGAACUCCUCAUUUGGAUUGUUGUUUUAUUGUUGUUGGCCUGCCCCAUCAUUUCAAAGGUUUCCAUUGCUGAAUUAUCAAAUUCUAUAUAGAAUUUGAUAUUUGCUUCAUAUUUAAAUUUGGUGCUCAUUACAAAAUUGGAAGUGGACAAGUGAAGAUGUUAAAUAGUCAGGGUGAUGCAGGUCCUGACAAUGAGAGUGAUGCCAUGUGGCAUUUUCAUUCACGACCAUGAUUCACUUAAUCAUUGUACAAAAAAAAAAAAAAAAACAGUCUUGGAACUUUUUAAUUGCAUCUUGUACAUGCUGGUAAUAGUGGAUCUGAUCUAAAACAUUUGUUUAGUUCUAUGUUACAUAAACCACAGACAAAAUAACAGGCUAUCUGUUCAUGUUAUUUAGUUUAAUGUUAUACUCAGGCAGAACAAUAGAUUGCAGGAGCUCUGAUUGCCAUAAAAAUCUAGUUAGAAUUUGUUCAUGUAAUCAUCAUACUGUCAUCAAUGAGUGUUGAAAUUUAUUGUGUACCCUUUUCAUAAGAUAUCAGAAUUUUUCACAUUGUAUAUAAUUUAAGUGUUGAGUCGUGGCAGUAUGCUGUUCACUGAAUGUCUCACAAAUGUUAUACAAAUUUUAUUUUUGCUUUUUCUUGCAGUUUUGAUGCACUGUAGUAUUAUUGUGCUUAUGUAUUGUCCAGCAUGUACAAGGGCUCUGUGUCAGCCUGGCCCCUGGAGCAUUGGACUUCCUCUUACCGCCUUCCAUGUGUCAUAGGAGCAUUUUUAAGGAAAUUUAUCCUGUUACUUAGGGCAUAAGACAAUAAGUAGACACUCAUAUUUUAUACUUAUUAAAAAGAGAAAGGGAUGCAAUUCCAUGUUUUGUAGCUUUCCUGAUAGUUUUCAUUCAUUAUAGUUCUUCUGAUAAUUUUGAAAUACUUGAUACACCUUUAGGAAUGGGUGCUUUGUAAAUCAUACUACCCACAUGAUAUUAAAAAAACACAAAAUGCAAGAUAGUAGUACAUAUUAUAAACAUCAGGGCAUGAGAGAUACAAUAUUGCACAAGUGAACUUAAGUAAUCUUUUAAAUAGUCAUCAGUGCCAAUGUUUCUGCCUUUAGGCUGUAUGCAUUUUGUCAUACCCACCAUUACUAUGAAGAUUAAAUGAUUGUGAUCACCACCACUGUCCUCAUUAUCAUUGCCACCAUCACCACUACCAUGACAAUCAUUAUUAUCAUUUGUCAUUGAUUCACCAUCAUGAUCAUGAUCAUUGUCUCCCAUUGAAUUAUUUUUUGUCAGCCAUGGAGUGAGUUGAUGUUAAACUCAAAAAUAUAAGUAGCAGAAAUAGCCAAUCUAUACCCACACUAUUCCAACCUGAGAGAGUUUUGCAUUCCCACUGUUUUGCUUCUCCUAAACAGAAGUUACUUUAUGGUGAAAGACUUGCACAGUGACCAACAUGAUUCAACAAUGCUGUCAUGUGUUUCAAGCAAUGAAUCUCUAUUAUGUCUGUCACUAAUGAAUCCUCUCACUCUGAUGUUUAAAUUUACCAGUCUGACAAUCAUAUUUUAGCUUUCAGUUUUAGUGCUCAUCUUCUUUCAGUGCAUAUUUUUAUUACAUGUCUCUGUGUAAGGGUUUUCUGGCCUGAGAGCAACUCUAAAACCAAAGUCCAUAUCCUGCUGUUCCUUGGCCUUAGUUCUUGCUAAAGACCAAUACAUUGUCAUUAAUCUUUUUAAUGAUCCCACCACUGGAUUGGAUAGAAAUAAAGGCUGUAAUGGUUGCCAACCAUCCAGUAAAUUGCCAGCAGACUCAGAGAAGGAUAUUGGCUCUGUGUUCAUAAUUUCCCUUUCAAGUUGCAAGAUGUGGAAGUACACAAGAAUAUGGUUAGCAGGCACACAGAAAACAUAGAAAGAGAAGAUAGCUGCAGGAAGCAGAAGACAUUAAUUAUUACUUAAAUGCCAACAACUCACUAUUUAUACUUAAUAAUCAUGAAAUUAUGUCAUGUUCAACUUGAACUAUAAUUUUAGGAAAUGAUAUUAGCCAUAUACAAUGAUUUAACAGCAACAUUUAAACAUGGUAAUAUUAAGGAAGCCCAUAAGUGGAAUUACAAAUUUCAUAAAUAUUACUAAUGAGGGAUAUAUAUUAAUGUACCAUUUCAUAAUUUCUUGUAGAACUUAGUAAAACCAUGUUUUAUUGGGCUUCACAAUACUGGACUAGGCAAAUGUACCAGUCCAUACUUAGAUAUAUCUGUGCUGUGUCUUAUUCAUCUGACAUGCAGUCUAGUCUGUUCACACUAGCAGAGACAAAAAAGAAGCUUACUGCUGUAUUACUGUUAUUCAUUACCUGAGCUAAUAAGGAAACAAUAACUGCAUGUCCACCUAACUCAGACUGCUUAUUUGUAUCAUACUCUGGACUUUGUCAAGCCACUCUUUGAACUUGUACUGUCAUGUCCCGCAGGGAUGUAAGGCAGACAGUUUUGUUUCCCCGGCCUUGAAGGAUUCAGCCCCAGUUAGUCAUCAUUGUUGACAAGGUGGAUGGUUUAUCUUUACUUGUAUUUAUGCCCUUUUCCAGCAUAUUUACUGAUGAGAUAUGAAACUGAGUCGUAUCUCAAAGAUUUGAAGUUUAAAGAUUCCUUUUUUACUUUAGUCACAUGAAUUUUUAAAAAGUGGUUUUUAGUAUCUUUGUUACUUUAAAUUGAAUUCCAAUUGAGGAGUAAGCCAUAUGAUAUCUUUUGGAAUUCAAAUGAAACUUAGUGGAAAAUUAAGCAUCCAUGUGCCUCUGUAACAACUUUGCCAAUGGACAACUUUGUCAACUAUCUUCUGUUCUCUUCCUCCCAUCAAACCUUAAUCCAUCACUGCAUUAGUUUACUUCCCUAUUUAUUAUGUACCAUCAUUCCGUAUCAUUUGAACAUUUUUAGAAAUGUGUUAAUAAGACUGGCACUACUACACAAAAAGAACUAGUUCUCAUAAAAUUAUAAUGAUAAAGUUGUUAUAUGAUUUUAUUGAAUAAUCAUCUGUGCUGUUCAGAACUUGUAAAUGAGGUAAGUGUUUGCCUGUGUCCACACAGCCCUGCACUUCAUGAUGCAGUGCUUGACCAUAUCCAGACUAAAUUAAGUAAGAAGGCAGUGGGACACAUGGCAAUAGAAAUACAUAAAGUACAUAAGAGAAAUUAAAAUAGGUAUCAAUCAGUAUGUAUUCAUGUAAUAACAAUGUAUGGUUUAAUAUUGUAUGUUACUUUGAUGUAUAUUUUCUUAAUACUGUAUUGUUAAAUAUGUUUCUUAUUGUAAGUGAUUGCAAUUCUUUGUUGUUAGGGAUGGGGACUGCAUAUUUGUCAUUGGCAAGUUUUGUAAUGUAAUAUAUCAUACAUGUUA